CCAUUACAGACAUAAAUAGAGUGUGUCAGCACACACAGAAUAACUACAGCGCGAAAACGUUCACUAUCACAGAAACAGGAUGUCUGGUGCGAACAGUGACCUUCUACAUAGAUCAACCUUGAGUGUUUAUAAUAACCUCAUGGAUCAGUUUAAUCCUGGCUUGCAAAAGCUGGUUACUUUAGGAAACAGCUACAUCAAGGCUUUUCAAGCUUUGGCUCUGACCAGCGAGGCCUACUUCAGCGCUCUUGCUAAGAUGGGCGAGCAAGCUCUCAACACAUUAUCAUCCAGAUCACUUGGUGACGUGUUGAUUCAGAUAUCGGAGACCCAGCGGAAGCUGACGGCUGAAGUGGAGGGUGUGUUUUGCUGGUUCCAUGUGGAGGUUCUGCAGGCCAUGGACAAGAAUGUGAAGCUGGAUGAGGAAUACGUCGAAGGCAGCCGCAGAGUGUAUGAAUUAGAGGUGAGAAAUCAGGCUGCAGCACUGGAGCGACAGCUGAGACGUGGUGCAUUCAGAGACUCGCUGGAGGGCAGUGAGUACAUGCAGUACCUGAGGCAGAGCCAGCAUGAAAUUCUCAAAGAGGAAGAAAGGAGAUAUCGUUUCCUUGCUGAAAAACAUUGUGGACUUACACAGUCACUACUAUACCUUAUCAACAAGACGGGAGUAUCUCUCCAGCAGAGAGCAGAUGGUUGGAAAGAAAAAGUCAGUGAGAGCAGAAGUUCCAGACCUCGAACACCCACUCCAUUAGAUCAAGAAUCUCAGUUAAAGAGCUCUCUGGGCUCUCUGCUGCAGACUGGAGACCGAGAAAUGGACCGUGAGCCGCUGGGCAGAGUGCCCUCUAGAGCCCCGUCUCCUCUCCCAAGUCGUUCCCGCUCCAGCUCCGUGGGCGAGUCUUUGGGUCUAGGUGGCGGCCGCUCAAUGAGGGCCAUUGUGUCCCAUCCUGCUUCAUCCAAUCCAGUCCUGCUGCCAUUUUCCCGUGGUGACAUCGUGACUGUGCUCAUACCAGAGCCACGCAACGGUUGGCUGUAUGGACGCCAUGACUCAAGCCUCCGUCAAGGCUGGUUUCCUGCUGCCUAUGUGGCAUCCACUGAAGACUUUUUACCUUUGGGCUCAAGCACGUCGCACCGAAGCCACAGCAUGAACAACCUCCUGGAGCCAACCAGCCAAUCAGAAUAUUCAGAUACCCAGGGCUACAGUGAAAUCCCGUCCCCAGUGGUAUAUAUGCGUCGCGCGUCGGCUGAUUUUCGCCCAAUCUCUCCCCUCCCUGAAAAGAAGGCGGAGUCUAACAACGAGGUCAAGACUAGCCAAAAAACUUACCAUGAGAUUCUGCCCCCAGCCGCACCGCUUCGCCGUGGAUCAGCUGAUAUUCGACCAAUAUCUCCCCUCCCGGACAGAAGGGCGGUGUCUCAUUUUGAGAGCAAAUUAGAGCAUAAAAAUUAUAAUGAACUCCCUCCUCCAGCUCCGCUCCUACCAAACUCUCCUUUGCCUGAGCGAAAGACCGAAUCAAACUCUGAGAGGCCAACUACUCAUGGACAACCAUCAGAGCACCCGCUUUUCCCCAGAGGAUCUAAUCCUUUUGCCACCGUGAAGCUCCGUCCCACAGUCACCAAUGACAAAUCAGCACCACGAAUCCACUGACAGUAACUACCGCAAAAAACAAACAAACAUCACCUACACUCUGACUGGUUCAGAGUCUACUAAAUGUCAAACUCAAUUUGUCAACUUUAAUAUUAGAAUGGAAACUUGAUUGAAAUGCACUUUUUCAACUAAAUUAGUAUUUAUUUAAUUUGAAUGGCUAUGUCCAGCUGUAUAGUGUCACUCCUUCUUUCAGCUGAAUUUAGUGACCUAAAUCAUUUGAAGAGGUUAUAUCAUGAGAAAUGAAAUUAGACAUACUGUAAAAAAAUCCUCCAAAAAGGCCAAAAGUUACAGAACAGCUUUAUGAUAUCAGAUUGAUGACAACCCAUGAGUUUCUACAUUUACACAUCAACACUUAAAAAAG